CCUGUAUGGGCCACAAUCGAUUAUAAACGUUUGUUGUGCUUUCUUUCAAUUUCUUCUGCUACAUGUGCUGGUUUUCGAUUUGACGGUGUAAUUCAGAUUUCGUUUUGUCUUUUAGACUAUCUCAUCAACUAGCAGAAAAAUGUCAAAGCGUAAUCAACCUGUUUGGGAAAAACCUGUUCUGAGUGAAAAGUCAAAAUUAAAACUAUACAAUAGUUUAACUCGAGAAAAGGAAGUUUUUAUACCUCAGUAUGGGAAUAAAGUACUUUGGUAUAGCUGUGGUCCUACAGUUUAUGAUGCUGCUCAUAUGGGGCAUGCAAGGUCAUAUAUAUCAUUUGAUAUUCUUCGAAGAGUGUUAUCUGAGUACUUUGGUUAUGAUGUCUUCUAUGUCAUGAACAUAACAGAUAUUGAUGAUAAGAUCAUCAAAAGAGCGAGGCAAAAAUUUUUAUUUGACGAAUAUGUCAAGAAGAGCACAGAUGUGAAAACAGUUAUAUCCGAUGUGCGUGAAUCUGUUCAAAUUUAUAAAAAAUUGUUGGAAACUACUGAAGAUGUAGAUAAAAGAACAAUGCUGGAAAAUAUAAUAGAAAAAACAGAAAAUGCUGUACAGAAUGCUGAAAAUAGCAUUUCCUCAAAAACAGAUGAUCAGCAAGUUUUGAAAAGUCUGUUGCUUAGCAGUGAGGAUACAAUAAGUGAAUGGCAAGAUAAGCUACAAAGUAAUACAGAAUUUGAUAACUCUAUAUUUUUCUCAUUGCCAGCAAUGUGGGAAGAAGCAUUUUAUAAAGACAUGGAAGCUUUAAAUGUUCUUCAACCAGAUGCAAUCACACGUGUUACAGAAUAUAUUCCAGAAAUCAUAAGUUAUGUGCAAAAAAUUAUUGACAAUGGUCUUGCGUAUGAAUCAAAUGGAUCUGUAUAUUUUGAUACAAUUAAAUUUGAUCAAAUGCCUAAUCACUUUUAUGGAAAACUAGUUCCUGAAGCUUUUGGAGAUUUAAAAAAAUUACAGGAAGGGGAAGGUGAAUUAAGUGUAUCGUCUGAGAGAUUAAGUGAAAAGAAAAGCCCUAGUGAUUUUGCUCUGUGGAAAUCUUCUAAACCAGGGGAACCUUCAUGGGAUUCUCCUUGGGGAAAAGGACGACCUGGGUGGCACAUAGAAUGUUCUGUAAUGGCCAGCAGUCUUUUGGGUGAAUCUAUGGAUAUUCACACUGGUGGAUUUGAUCUAAAAUUUCCUCAUCAUGAUAAUGAAUUGGCUCAGUCUGAGGCCUACUUCAAUAAUGACCAUUGGGUACGCUAUUUUUUGCAUUCUGGGCACUUGACCAUUUCUGGAUGCAAGAUGUCUAAAUCAUUGAAGAAUUUUAUCACUAUUAAAACUGCACUGGAACAAAAUACUUCAAGACAGAUCAGAUUAGCUUUCUUGCUCCACUCAUGGAAGGACACUUUAGACUAUAGUCCACAGACUUUAGAAAUAGCUCUUCACUAUGAAAAGCUUAUAUCAGAAUUUAUUCUGAAUGUUAAAGAUGCCAUUAGAGAUCUACCAAGGAAAGGUAGAGAAGCAUUUCAAAAAUGGGGGCCUGAAGAACAUACUCUAUAUUCUGUUUUCCAGAAUAAACAAGAUGGUGUUCAUGAGUCCUUGUGUGAUAAUAUUGAUACUCGAGGUGCCCUUGAAAACAUACGUGAACUUAUAUCAGCUACUAAUACCUACAUGAGUACCAAAAAAAUUAACCAGCUACCAUGUAAUCGGAAAGCACUUUCUAAUAUUAUGUCUUAUGUUUUAAAAAUAUUGCAGAUAUUUGGAGCUAGCUUUGGUGGUACAUCACAAGAAUCCUCAGAAAACUCAUCUACAACAGAGAUUAAUGAAGAUUUGGUUAUGCCUUAUUUGAGAACAUUAGCAGAUUUCCGAGAAAAUGUCAGGCAACAAGCAAAAGAAAUUAAAGCUACAAAUAUCCUUAAGAAAUGUGAUGAAUUAAGAGAUGAUAUAUUACCGAACUUAGGAGUGCGAUUGGAAGAUCAGGAAGGAAUGAAAGCUGCCAUCAAACUAGUGGAUCCUGCAGAGCUUGCUAGAGAAAAGGAGAUGAAGUUAAAAGCUGAAGCGGAAAAGAAAUUAGAGAAGGAGAGAAAGAAACAAGAGCAAGAGGCUUUGAAAGCAGCCAGGGAAGCCAUUAAAAAAAUGCCUCCCAGUGAAAUGUUUAAAUCUAUGACUGAUAAAUAUUCCAAAUUUGAUGACAAGGGAAUUCCUACUCAUGAUGUGGAAGGCAAAGAACUUACUGAAAGUCAGUUGAAAAAAGUCAUGAAGCUAUAUAAUGCACAAGAAAAGAAGUAUAACGAUUAUUUAAAAAGUAUAGCAAUUUCAUGAAAAUGACAGGACUCUUAGUCUAAUUUAUUUAUUCUUUUUUAAAAAGUAAAACUUUUACUUAUAAAGGUGGUGUGAUUAAUACUGGGUUGAAAUAAAUAUAUAUUCAAUUUGAAUUCAAAACCAUUAGAAUUUGCCUGAUAUGCUACAUCUGUAACAUAGACUGUGCAAUCUAUUUUAUUUCUUCUAGAAGAUAAAUUUAAUGCUGGUAAUUUUAUAAAUUUUCUGCAAAUUGUAGUUCAAAAUAUCAAAAUCUUGCUUAAUACUACAGUACCAAUCACUUAUAUUCCAAAAAAUCUGUUGUAUAAUUUAAAAAUAUUGCUACUUUUAUAUAAAAUAAAAUCUGAAGCUGAA